UAAAUAAUGAAUUAGCUUAAUAAUUAUGAUAGUAAUGUCAAAAGAACGGAAAGAAAUUCGUGUUUGGUGUGAUGGAUGUUACGAUAUGGUUCAUUUUGGUCAUGCAAAUUCUUUGCGCCAAGCAAAAGCUCUUGGUGAUUAUCUUGUUGUGGGAGUUCAUACCGAUAAAGAAAUUACUAAGCAUAAGGGACCGCCUGUUUUCACACAAGAAGAAAGAUACAAAAUGGUUCGAGGUAUUAAAUGGGUGGAUGAAGUUGUAGAAGGUGCACCUUAUGUAACAACAUUAGAAACAUUGGAUAAAUAUAGUUGUGAUUUCUGUGUCCACGGUGAUGAUAUUACAAUGACAGCAGAUGGUAUUGAUACAUAUCAUCUUGUUAAAGAUGCUGGGCGGUAUGGUGAAGUUCAAAGAACAGCUGGAGUUUCAACAACUGAUCUUGUGGGACGUAUGUUAUUAAUGACAAGACAACAUUUUAGACAGGGUGAAAGUGAAUAUAGUGUAGAUAGAGAACCUAGUAAAAGUAUGGGACAAGACAGACAAGCACGUAGUCCAUGGACUGGAUGUUCACAGUUUUUACCUACAACACAGAAAAUUAUACAAUUUAGCGAUGGAAAAAGUCCUCAAUUGAAUGAUAAAAUUGUUUAUGUUGCUGGUGCCUUUGAUUUAUUUCAUGUUGGACAUUUAGAUUUUUUAGAAGUUGCUAAAAAAGAAGGAGAUUACUUAAUUGUUGGUUUACAUACAGAUCCUGCUGUUAAUCGAUAUAAAUAUGGAAAUUAUCCAAUAAUGAAUCUUCAUGAAAGAGUUCUUAGUGUGUUAGCAUGCAAAUAUGUGAAUGAAGUUGUAAUAGGAGCUCCCUAUGAAGUUACUAAAGAACUAAUGGAACAUUUCAAUGUGGCAGUUGUAUGUCAUGGACAAACUCGAAUAAUGCCUUGUGAAAAUGGAGCAGAUCCUUAUGCAGAACCUAAAAGACAAAAUAAAUUUAAAUUAUUAAAUAGUAGUAAUGAUAUGACAACAGAAAAAAUUGUUGAGCGGAUAAUCCUACACAGAUUGGAAUACGAAGAUAGGAAUUCAAAAAAGGAAAGAAAGGAAAUUGCAUCUUACAUUGCAUCUUAA